GUUUUCAGUUUUACACAAGGAAGAGUCAGCACAUGCUGGAUCUAUAUGGACUUGUGCAUGGGGAAGUCAUCAUGAAGAAACAGAAAAGCAAGAUGAUGAAAAAAUAGAUGAAGAUAAUCAGGAGGAAGCACCGAAAGAGAAGAAAAAGGAAGACUAUGAAUUUAUUGUGUCCGGUGCCAUCGGUUAUGGCAGCGAUUCGCCCGAAGUAAAAGUUUGGCGCGUUGAAAGUACUCAAAUAAAAAAUAUUUUGACUCUCACUGGCCACUCACUGGGCAUUGUUUCUGUUGAUGUAUCGCCAAAUGGAAAAUAUAUUGCAAGCAGCUCCUUAGACUCAACACUUUGUUUAUGGAAUUCUGAAGAUGGAAAAUUAUUGAAUCAAAUUUCGCUUGGACCCGUUGAUCUUUGGACAGUGGCAUUCUCUCCUGACAACAAAUAUGUUAUUUCUGGCUCAUAUGAUGGGAAAAUUUCGAUGUACAAUGUUGACAGUGGAAAAGCAGAGCAAGUUCUUGAUCCACAAAACGGGAAGUUCACUUUGAGUCUUGCUUACAGUCCUGAUGGAAAAUAUAUUGCAAGCGGAGCACUCGAUGGAAUUAUUAACAUUUUUGAUGUCCAGGCAGGAAAAGUUGUUCAAACUCUCGAAGGUCACGCGAUGUCUGUGCGAAGUCUUUGCUUUUCUCCUGACUCACAAAUGUUACUGACAGCAUCUGACGAUCGUCAUAUGAAACUUUAUGAUGUGGCUCAUUCUGAUGUUGUUCAAACUUUGUCAGGUCAUUCAAGUUGGGUGCUUUCCGUGUCGUUCUCAGGAGAUGGAAAAAGAUUUGCGUCAUCAUCUUCUGAUAAAACUGUCAAAAUUUGGGAUAUGACCGAACGUAAAUGCAUUCAUACAUUCAAUGAUCACCAAGAUCAAGUGUGGGCAGUGAAAUACAGUCCUAAUAGUGAUCGUGUCGUUUCUGCUUCUGAAGACAAAUCUUUAAUUCUUUUUGAUUGUCCACCAAACAUUAAUUAAACAAUAAAAUCUUUUUUUAUCUAAAUU